CAUAAGGACAAAAGUUAUACAGUUGAAAGAGAUAGUCGGUUUAACAGUUCUUCUGCUGCAUAACACGACAAGUACUCUGCUUGCGGCGUACCUCGUGUGCGCGGCCUGCAACUAAUUAGCUCAGCUUGUUAUCAACUCAACUAGCGUGUUGGCGGCCCCCGCGGGGGCGCGCCUGUGUGUUAGCCAAAGAUGACGGCCCUAGCAAAUGCAAUUAAGCGCAAGACGCACAAGGAGCGCGCGCAACCGGCCGCCCGCAAGAAGUAUGGCCUGCUGGAAAAGCACAAGGACUAUGUGCAGCGCGCGCGCAACUUCCACAAGAAGGAGAAGACCCUGCAGGCGCUGAAGCGCAAGGCCGAGGAGCGCAACCCCGAUGAGUUCUACUUUGCAAUGGAGAAGGCUCGGACCAAGGACGGCGUGCACGAGGGCCGACUGACGCAGGCCAACAAGUACAGUCAGGAGGAGCUGGCGCUGAUGCGGAGCCAGGACGUCAAGUACCUGUCCAUGAAGGCGACCAGCGAUGCCAACAAGGCGCAGCGGCUGAAAGAGUCCCUGCACUUUAUCGGCGUCACGAACACCUCCGUGUCCGCCGCCGCCACCGCCGCGGUCGCCGCCAAGCCCGGAAAGAAGGGCGCCGCGGCCGCGGCGUCAGCCGCCGCCGCGGCCCCCGGCCCGCAGCCGCAGCGGCACACGGUGUUUGUGGACAGCGCGCAGGAGGCGCGGGAGUUUGAUGCCGCCAAGUACUUUGACACGCCCGCUGAGCUGCUGGACCGCACGUUCAACCGGCCGCGCAAGGAGCAGCUGGCAGACCGGGGCGCGGUGACGGGCGCCAAGAGCCUCAAGGGGGUGGAGAAGCGCAAGUACGCGGCGUACAAGGAACUGGAGCAGCGUACACAGCGCGGCGGCAAGGUGGGCAAGCUUGCUCAGCACCUGGCGUACGAGAAGACGGUGGCGCACGCCAAGGGGCGCAAACGGAAGCUGGGAGCCAAGGAGCUGGCGGCAGCUGGGCUGGACCCGGAGGCAGCAGGCAAGGUGUUUGUGUGGAAGCGCGAGCGGAAGAGGUAGAGUCUCAAGGGGCGGUUUUGUGGCGUGGGUUUGUGUAGGCUGGCGGGUUGGGUUGUUGUGGUGGUGGUCAUGGCGGUCGUGGCGGUUGAGGCGGUGCUGGCUGGGCCGCGGGUGCGCCGGCCGCAUGGGGGCGGCAGGGUUUGACAGGGAGAGGGGCGGGGAUUUGGCGACAGUGUGGUGUGCGAUUCAGGUGAGCUGACGGAGGGAGCAUUGGUCUGAGCAACCUGCGGUAUAUGCAAGGCAAAGCCAAGACUUAGGGUUAUCAUGGACGCUGGUAUCGGGACUGGGGAGGUAACAGCGGCUGUACGUUGGCCACUGAGGCGGUUCUGGAGCGUGUAGGUUUGGUGUGCGUGCACGCUGCAAAGCCUCGAGCUGCCGCAGCGGUUGAUGCCCAAUUUCAACGCAAUGUAACCUGCCCUUUGC